AUGGGAGGCGGCGGAAAGAUCCCGUAUCCGAAGGAAGUCUGGUCUCCAGCUGGAGGCUGGUACGCGCAGCCGGCCAACUGGAAGGCCAACACAGCCAUCAUGGCUGCGGCAAUUUUCGGCAUCGCUGCGGCCACCUGGAGUCUCAGUGCAGAGCGUGAGUAUCGUGACCGGAUGCCCGAGCCCGGCCGAUUCUUCCCAAGCCGAUAG